AUGAAAUCAUAAUUUUCUUCACAACCAAAACUAGAAUAGGAAGCUUAACAAUAACCAUAUUCUCUACCUCCUCUUCCAAACUAAGAUCGAAUAUAAUAUUACCCAAUUUUCUAUAUUAAGCAGGAUAAGUAUUAUUACUUCUUAUCAAAAUUAGUUAACCCAUUCAAUCGAAUUUAUAAUAGAUACUAACUGAUCAUUAAAAUUCUUGGUUUGUUUGUCAUCCUGUUAUGCCAAACGAUCCUUUUUUCCCUUAUAUAUCUAACUUUUCUAAUUUUAUUCAUAAACCUUAUACUUAAAACCCAGAAAUACCCAUUAAAAUAGAAGAUGAUCAAGAAUUCAAAUAGACAAACAUUAAGUAACAAUUCUAAAAGCCUCAUCCAAAUUAAAAUUAAGAGAAAUAAUAGAACAAAAAGCAAAAAGAUUAAAAUAAAUUUAAAAGAAAUGUAGACAAUAACAAAGACUUAGAAAUUUAACCAUGUAAUUGUUCUUAGAGUAACUGUCUUAAGAGAUAUUGUGCUUGCUUUCAUAGUGGUAGAACUUGCUUAGAUGAAUGUUAAUGCAAAGAUUGUAAAAAUUGUGCAGAAUUUGCUGAAAUUAGAGAUGAAGCCAUAAAUCAUAUUUAUAAAAAAUGCCAUCGUGAUAAAAAGGUUCCAGCAAAUGAAUUACUAUCAUUAUAAAUGAGUUAUGGAUGUAAAUGUAAAACUACUGGAUGUUAAAAAAAGUAUUGUGAAUGCUUUAAGAGAGGAUAAAUUUGUGGAGAAUAAUGUUCUUGUGAAGAUUGCCUUAAUAUUCCAUUUAAUCUAUGCUAAAAGGAUCUUAAUAGAAAGAAAACAGUACAAAAAUGA